CUUCGAAGGGUGAAAAGUUUUCGUUUCAAUGAGACUUUUGCACCGCAUUUGUAUUUGCCAGCGGCCGAACGUUUUUUAAAAACAUUCAAUUCAUUCUCUGGUUCUUUGAAUUAAUUUCUUCCUUUCUGCCAUUGAACGCGAGUUAACACGUCUUUGUUUGACUGUCGAAAAGCCGCCGUUUCAGUUCUUCACCCCUCGCCCGUUCCCCUGUCCAUUGUUAAAGAGCAUUUGUUUACAUCGUUAACAUUAUUUUGUGUCAUCAACAUCAAAGCCAUGCAAAUCAAAGAUAAACAACAAAAGGAGAUCGCGCGAACGAACAGUGAAGAAUAGUAAAAAGAGAAUGAUAAUAAUUAAAACAAUUACAAUUGUUAAUCAAUCAGCCAAGUGACCGAAGAGCAGGAAAAAAGCGACAUGCAUUAAGGCAAGCUCUUGCGCGGUGUAAUUGCAAAAAAAAAAAGCAUUGCAGCAAUGACUGCGGAAAAAGUGCACUGAAGAAUGGUUUGCAAAAAAAAAAAAGAAAACAACAACAGCAAGAGAGCAAUUAUACGAACAACGGAAAUAAAAAAUAAUAAACGAGUGCAAAGAGUACAAGAAAAUAUAUCAAAAAAUCCAAAAACAAAAAAAAAAAAACAUCGUUAAAAGUCUUUCCUUUGGAGUGUUUUAUUUUUAAAGAAACAAUUUUAUUUUCGUAUCAUUUUGAGAAAUUUAAAAAAAAAUAGAAGAAAACUCCCUUUUUGCGGCAAUUUUUGUUUCACCUUCCCCUUUUGGAUUAAUCAAAAUUCUUUUUGAAAAAUUAACGUUGGCUCAAAAUUACUGGAUUAGCAAUGAACAGGCUCGGCAUACAAAUCUACAACGAUACCAACACAAAAUCUAUUUAUUUCAAUGGAAUACGAACAUUGAACAAAAGUUUUAACUAAGCCAAAAUAAACAACUAAGUACAUUCAAUUUUAAUAAAUAAUAUCCAAAAAAAUAUAAAACAAAACAAGAAGCAAAACCAGUGCAUACAUUAUUUGAAGCAAUAAAUAUUAUUAAUCAACAACAUAAACCAACCAACAAAACAUGCAAAUGCCACACCAUUAAUACAAAAAAAUUAAAAACAAAUUACAAAAAAUCAAAUACAAAUUUACACCCAAAGGCAAAAAAAGAAAACAAAAAAAAAAAACAAUUGUUUAUCUAAACAAAAUUUACCUAAAUAAUAUUAUAUAUGCAAACUAUAUAUACUUCUAUAGCUAAAAUAAAAUAUAUAUUUUUAUAAAACAAAACAAAGUGGAGAGCUGAAAUUCAACAAACAAAAAUAAUUACUAAAAACAAAAGUACAAAAUACCAAUUCAAACAAACCAACAAAAAACAAAUAAUAUUUAGCAAAGCAAUAGUUAAAACAAAAUAGAAUUUUUUAAAAAUUUAAAUAUGCAGCAUUACAAAAAAUAACAAAGUCUGAUUAAUAAUAUUAAAAAAAAAACAAGUUUUGAAAUGCAAAUUUGAAACAUACAAAUUUUUUGAAAAUAUAAUAAUAAUAAAAUUAAUAACAAUAUAUCAAAUUAAAUAACCAACAAAUUUUAUGCAAUAUCCCAAAUAUAAAAAUAUUAUUGACAACAAAAAAACAACAUUGUAAGCAGUUAAAAGUACAAAACAACAAAUGUUCUUCAUUUUUUACAAUUAUUAUAAAACGUAUUUAAUAACAACAACAAAAUAUUGAAAUUAAGCCAAUAUAGUCUGCACAAAAUACAAAUUUCUCUCCAAAUCAUUAUUCAAUUAAAUAUUUAAUCAGCCAGAGCGUUACAAAUAUUAGUAAUAAUUAACAUUUCUUCGCGUAAUAUAACAACAAAAACCAACAAAUGUAAACGAAAUACGUACAACAACAACAACAAUUAUUAACAAAUUAGACUUGUAGUGUUUAAAUACUUAAAUCCAUGAAAAUAUAAGUGACAAAAAAGAAGAAAUUUUGUUGCCAAAUUCAUUGCCCCUCCUGACCCCAAAAAAGAGGACCCAGUGAUUUUGUACAACAGCAACAAAUGCAAAAGCAGAAAAUAUAUUGAACAAAAACCAACAAAGAAACAUUUUUUGAAAAACUACCUCAAAAGUGUAAAAACAAGUGUACAAAUAUUUUACAAAGCAAAACAAAACAGUUUAAAAGAAACGAAAACAGAGUAAUUACAAAUUUUUGCAACCUUUACCCCAUAACAAAAAAAAAAAAACAAAUAAAACAAAACAAAACUAAAGCACAAAAGUUAAGGUACAAAUUUCAUACAGAUUCAAAUUAACAAAACAAAAUCAGCAACAACAUUUCUUUGAUACAAAUUUUAUUUUGCAAAGCCAAACAAAAUCCGUACUCAAGUGUUUAACGAAGGAUACACUCACACACCCACAUACCGAAACACCUAUACACUUAACAUUGAGCUACAAGUUUUACAAAAAAAAAGAAAAACGAAAAACGAGAGCAACAUAUUUUGUUGAACUCUCCUGACCGUAUACAAAAUAUUUCACUUGCUCACUGAUCCUGUCAAGGCACUGCAGAAACGGCCAUGCAACAGGAUACAUUUAAAUGGCGUCUACAGUAGUGGCACAAACCAGCGGCGGUCCACAAGAAACGUCUGCACACUCUCUGCACCAUCACAGCCAACAACAGCAUCAGCAGCAGCCACACUCGGCCACCAGCAGUCAACACCACCAACAGCAACAUCACCAUUUGUCGUCUUCUUCGUCGCCAGCAGCAUCCACGCUCGCGAAUUCGCAUUUGCACAACUCACACUUGCAGCAUUUGAGUAGUCUGAGUCAUCAUCAUACGGCUCACGCCUAUCAGACGCCCACGACCACAGCCUUUGUGCCCCCACAUCAUCAGCAAUAUCAGCAUUAUCCGGCGGCUACGCAGCAGCAGCAUUCCCAGUCGCUGUACCACCAACACCAGUAUCACCCACAACAGGGACAGCAGCAGCACUGGGACUAUUAUGCUAGGCAACCGCCACCCAGUCAACAACAACAACAACAGCAACAACAAACGACCAGUGAAAGAACCACAAAUCAGCAACAACAACCAUUACAGUCUUCUACACCCACAAGUACCACGAACAACAACAAUGUCCCAACAUCAAGUUCUCAAACAACAAAUGGUACAACAGGUGAUAACAACAAUACAAGCAACGGCAACAACCACAACAACACUACAAAUACAGCCAGCAAUAAUAACAACAAUACCAAUGAUUCUGUAAGCUCUCAGACCAACGGAUCAAACAACUAUACCAGACCUUGGGAAAUGGAGUCCAAAGAUUCGAACUCCAACUCCAAUUCCAAUCCGGCAGCUGCGCAACAACCAAAGAGUGGCUUUGAGCCAUUUUCCAAAUUGCCCUCCUUUUCCAGCCAGUUUUAUGGCUUCAAUGAACUGAUGGCCGACGGUACCCCAAUACCGCCGCCGCCCAAUUCAGCCUCAGCAGCAGCAGCGGCGGCUGCAGCUGCAACGGGGCCAACCAAUCCCUCACUGAACUCCCUGCAAACGGUGGCCAUGUCACCGGCCAGCAUAUCAGUGAGCUCGCCGGGCAUGGUGAGUGUGGGCUCACCUCUGACACAAUUGGCUAGUCUGCAAACGAGCAUAACACCGCCCUCGAGUGGUUUUGCACCUUUGGGGGCACCACCACCGCCCAAUGCUUUUCAUCCGCACCACAGAGCCGCUCCAUAUCCCUUGGUGCCGGCAGCAUUGCCACCCAGUGCCAGCGGCUAUACAGAUCCAUUGUUAUAUCAGCCAUUGACACCGUCGUAUGCUCCUCCAACGCCCAAUUCCUUGGUGCCGCCCUCUUUGCAGUCCUCAUCAUCGUCGUCCACCAGCAACAGCACCACAUUGGGAGGUGUUAAGAAGGAUAAUUCGCUGUCGGCGUUCGAUCUCAAUACCAAUUCAAACGGCUCACUGUUGAGUGUGCCCACUUCAAAUACACCAAAUACCCUGGGCACGCCCAUGGGCAUGCACACGCCCACACCGUCAUACGAUGGUGCCAGCAGCUCUUCAAUGAUGGAUAUAUCUAAUCAUGGAGUGGGUGGCGGUGGUCCAGCAACCGCCGGCUACCACACGCCGCAUUCCACACACACCAGUACUGGAUCUCAUACUCCGCACACAACACAGCCCCACACCCCUACGCCCUCCACCACCACGCCCAUUAAAACGGAUAAAGUUCUGAAUUCACCCGUGGCCAGAGUGGAUGCGCGUAAAAAAGAACGACGGAAAAAUCGGGCGAAUUCGCUGGAGUCCAGUGCCGAAUCCGAGGCCAGUGCCAUGGAUGUGGACCCCAGCAAUCCCGGCCAAGUUGAUGCUGUCUCGAGUACGGCGAACUUUAAGAGUCCCAUUGGUUGUAUGGGCGUCAGUGAUAGCAAUGAUGGAGCCGGUGAAAAGCAAAUGUCUUCUAACAUUUUCCAGUCGAAAAAGAAACGCAAACGCUGUGGCGAGUGCAUCGGAUGCCAGCGUAAGGAUAAUUGCGGCGAUUGUGCGCCAUGUCGCAACGACAAAAGCCAUCAAAUCUGCAAGCAGCGACGCUGCGAGAAACUCACCGAGAAAAAGGAACCCAAAGCCAAACAAAUUGUUUAUGGACCUGAUGGCCAACCCGUGCGUCCUGAGUUAAAACGUGGCCGCGGCAAAGGAAAGACUCCAGCUGGAAGUGCAACACCAACGACAGGGACUCCUGCCCGUGGCCGUAAACCUUCUGCCAAAGCUGCAAAACUAAAUGCUGGCGCUACUGCAACAGCAACUGCGCACUCACCACGACAGGUUGUUGCUAAUUCAACGAUAAGUCCAGUUGGUGCAGCCACAACAGGAUCUGUAGUAGCAUCGCAUCCUUCGCCAAAUACAAAUACGACAAAUCCCAAUAGCCACAACAACGCAACCGGCAAUACAUCAACGGGUGUUGUGGGCAGUAACAAUUUGCUAGCAACGAACCAACAGCAGCAGCAGCAGCUGAAUAGUUUACAUCAUCAGACGACAACGAGUCAACAGCAGCAGCAGCAACAACAGCAUUUGCAACAACAUCAACUGUCGAGCAAUCAACAGUUGCAACAGCAUCACACUCAGUCAUCAAGCCAUCUACAUACUCAACAACAGUCACAACAUCACCUUAAUAAUUUACAUAGCCAACAACAACAGCAACAGCAGCAGUUGUCACAACAGCAAUUACAACAACAACAUCACCAACAGCUAGGACAGAAUACCAGUGGACAACAACAGCAUCAGCAACAAUCGUUGGGGCAUCAUCAACAGCAGCAGCAACAACAACAACAUCAAUUGCAACCGCAACAACAUCAAAUUACAGCACAAAUCCAAACCAUGAAGGACCAACCCCAGCAACCAAUGGCACCAAUGGCCUUUUAUCCCACAUGGCAAGCUGAUCCCUCACAGGGUUGGCAAAACCAAUUCAUCCAGCAAAUACCACAGAAUACACCCGGCAUAACAUCGUUGGAUUUUCAGACGCAAUCAUACGGUUAUCCAUCAAAUGGAUAUGUACAGACAGGUUUAGGAUUUGAUCCCAACUACGGACGUUCACCAUAUGGAGCUCCGGUUCAGCGUUAUGAUUUCCAGAGUCAGCAGCUAUCUAGUGCGCCCAUCAAUCAGGUCGGUCUGCAGGGCGUGGGCUUUGCGCCCUCGUCGGUUACCUAUGCCGGUCAAGUCUCGACCGGGCCGACGGCAUCCAGUUUACAACAGCAACAACAUUUAGGCAGUGUUACUGAUCUCAACAAGACGAUGUCGGGAAACGACACGCCUGGAUAUCCGCGAGUGAGCAGCGUGCCGCCGCGCUCACUCAACUGUAACGGAUAUUCAGGCGACUAUAGCGGCAGCGCAACCCAACAACAGCAGCAACAGCAGACUUCCAGUAACACGAGUACGGCCGCUUCGGCAGCAACUGGAUCGGUCAGUGUAAAUGGUGGUCACCAGACAAUUGCUCAUAACACGGCAACAUCACAGCCGGCAGCUUCCCCCAUGCAAACAACCAAUAAUCAAACAGUGCCACAGUCUCCUACACGCAGUGUCAUGCAACAGUCCCAAACACAGGCCAUGAACCAGCAGAAUCGUCAUGUCUCACAAUCACCAAAUCAAGUGGUUCAAUCGCCCAAUGCAAACCUAACAACGCCGCAAGGAACUCAACAGCAAUACGGCGGCUCAACAAUACCAAGUGGCCAACCUCAAACACAGGCUCAAAAUAACAUGGCUUCGCCACCACAGCACCCCCAGCCCAUGCAACAAGACUGGAAUUGGAACACUCAGUCGCAGGGAGUUUCGGAUCCCUAUCAACAGACCACAACUGGUCCAGGAGGAGAGCGCGUCAACUUGAAUACUCGCAUCAAGUCGAUGAUAAUGCGCAAGAAUGAUCCCAAGGAUCCACUCUCAGCCCCUCCCGAUAUACAUGGUAUGCCUGGGGUUCCUCCGCCGCCACUGGGUGUCGGUGGGCCAAAUGGCAGCCAACAACAGCAACAGACCGGUCAUUUUUUAUCGUAUAGCCACCAUCUCCGAGGCGAUUCAGCAAUGAAUGCCAAUGGUUCGAAUGGGAGUAAUGCAUCUACGGGCCAACAGCCACAAACACCACAGCAAAAUCAGACUCCUCUGAAUUCUGGCUUAGCUAGUGGAGGUGCAUCCUUAGCUCCGGAACCAAUCGGAGGUGGUGGCGAUCACAUUUGGAAGCCACACCACACGAAUUCCUUUAAGAAACCUGUGGCCUCUGGUUUUCCAACUGCCGAGCAUCAUCAUCAUCAACUCAACCAGCAAUCCUUAGCACAAACUCCGCCACAGCACCACACCACAACAGCUCACAAUCCUGAUCCACCAAAAAAGUCAAGUCGUCGUAGUCGCAGCAAUCGCUCGUCAUCGUCCUCGUCGUCUGCAGCUAACAACACGGCAUCGGCCAACGCCAGUAGUGCUGAUAAUUCAGAUAUUGAUAAGAACAGCAAUGAUCCGGGCGGUGGCCAUCAUCUGGCUCAUCUUGCAAACAUAAAAAUGGAGAAAGGUGUGUCGUACCCUCCACCACCCUCCUCGCAAUAUCCACCCCAACAUCCAGAUUAUCAUCACGCCCCUUACAUCAAAACCGAGCCUGGACUUAUCCCUGGACAGCACAGUAAGAUAGAAGGCUACGAACGCAACUAUCAAAACUUCGUUCAGUACGCCGACUUUUGUCAAAACGAGGUACAGGGCCAACCUGGGGCCGGUGGUGCGCAACCAGCCCCACCACCACACCAUCAAAAUCAACAAGAAUAUGCAGCUGGAUAUCAUCACAAUUCCUCCUACUAUGGCUCGUCAACGACUUUCCAGCAGAGUUACCAACAAAACUUUGUGCCCAAUUACCAACAUUCAGCGUCGCCGUUUGGAAAUGCCCAUGGAAUGCAUCCACACACAAAUGCUUUAUCUUCAUCGGGUCACUCGAAGGCGUUAAAUGGUCCACUUGCAAAACACCACCCCAGUAGUCUGCACCAUCACAGCAGCCACAUGAUGGACAUUGAUCGCAAGCCGGAAACCAGUAGCAUUAUUCCCUUGCCAACUAACUACGAAAAGGAUAUACCAGCCCAUGCUUAUCCCAUUCCACCUCAUCGUUAUCCCCUAGGCCAUGGAUCCACUACUCAUCCACACCUGAGCUCGGGAUUACUUGAACCUAAGGUGGAAGACCUGGGUGCGUAUGGACCGGGAGGAUCCGGUUAUGUGUUCCACGGUGAGGGGGGCCCAGCAGCCAUCAAAAACAGCACUGGAUUCUCGUGCUGUCGCCAAGGUGGAACUCGUGCUCCCACCGCUGAACACCUAAAAGAUGGUUCAUGUAUUGGUAUGCAAACCAAAGACGAAAUUCUGGACGAGGAAGAAGCCCAGCCAGCUAAUCAAAAUGGUGCAAAACCAAAGAAGAAGGCCAUAAAGCAAGAGGAGACCAACGAAGUAACGGUAAAGCAUGAAAAGAUCAAUCCCAUGUUCGAUACAUCAGACCGUCUGGAGAAGGGUAACAAGACUGAGGUGCCCGAAUGUGACUGUUUCCAAUCGGACAAGAGUCCUCCCGAGCCCGGAACAUACUACACUCAUCUAGGUACAGCUUCAAAUUUAGCCGAUUUACGUAGAGAAUUUGAGGAACGUUGCCAGGUUUCGGGGCGUCAACUGCGCAUCGAAAAGAUCUUAUACACUGGCAAGGAGGGCAAAACAUCGACAGGUUGUCCUCUGGCAAAAUGGAUCAUAAGGCGGGCCGAUCCCGAGGAGAAAAUCCUGGUAGUUGUCAAGAAACGGCCGGGCCAUAGAUGUAUAGCAGCAUUCAUAGUGGUGUGUAUGGUAGUAUGGGAUGGUAUGCCCCGUCAGGAUGCAGACAAUGCGUAUACGAAUCUGAUACCGAAACUCAACAAGUUCGGAUUGCCGACGACACGUCGAUGUGCGACAAACGAAAAUCGAACUUGCGCCUGUCAAGGUUUAGAUCCAGAAACCUCGGGAGCUUCAUACAGCUUCGGGUGUUCAUGGUCGAUGUACUAUAACGGCUGCAAAUAUGCUCGAUCGAAAACCGUACGAAAAUUCCGUCUCUCAGUUAAGAGCGAAGAGGCGGCCAUUGAAGAGCACAUGAACAUGUUGGCGACCAUUUUGGCCCCGUUGUUCAAACAAUUGUGUCCACGUUCCUAUGACAAUCAAACUCGCUACGAGAAAGAAGCUCAAGACUGUCGCCUCGGUAAUAAAGAGGGAAAACCAUUCUCGGGAGUAAGUGCAUGCUUGGACUUUUGUGCCCAUGCGCAUCGGGAUCUGCACAACAUGCAAGAUGGCUGCACCGUUCAAGUCGCACUUUUGAAACCCUGCAAUCGUGACAUAAACAACCCCGACGAUGAACAACUCCACGUCCUACCCCUGUACACCAUGGAUGCAACGGACGAGUAUGAAAGCGCCGAAGGUCAAAGGGACAAGCAUCGCACCGGUGCUGUUCAAGUGUUGGACAAAUUUCCAUGCGAAGUUCGAGUGAGAUCAACUCCCCUUAUACCUUGUCGCAGGCACGGGAAGAAGCGCAAAGAGGACGAACCGGCUGCCAUAGAAGGAGAGUCAAAUGCAGCAACACCUGCGCCGACUGCUACAAAUGAUGGCAAUGCCGCGAGCGCUCAAAAUUCUACAACAGCCACUAGUGCAGUUAAAAAGGAGCCCAAUGGCAGCAGCACAAAUACCAGCACCAACACUGGAAGUGCAUCGACUUCGAAAUCAAAAUCGAAAGGUAAAAAUCAACAGUCCUCCGCCACAACACCAGCUCCGCCUCCAACAACACCGUCUCCGCGGUGUCAAACACCUGUGACCAAUAAUCCCAGUCCAGCUGGUAGUGCAUUCUCAACACCUCCCGUUAGCAACAACCAAAACAACAACAACAACAACACCGGUAACAAUCAUUCCAAUUCGGGCUCCAGUAGUGGCUGUUCCAGCGCCGGAGGUAAUACCAAUCAACUUAUGUCGUCUAAUUCAAGUUUAAUGAAUAUGGCGACCAUGAUUGAUACCUUCACAGAUGCCCAGCUACAAUCGAAUCAAAUUUCGAGCACGGUUUUGGACUCCCCCUAUUCGUACGAUUAUCAGACGGGAUCCUAUAUCGACUCUCGGAACUACUACGGAAAUUGGCCACCACCGUCCCAUCCGCACAAUCCCCAUGCCACCACAGCCCACAACGUAACAACCAUGGGAGGAAGCAGUGUACCCGGUGGAGCAACUGCCCCUGCCGCCAACAAUCCAAACCCAAGUCCCAUGCCAACAACGCCAAAUGCUACCGGCCAUCAAACUGCCUCACAACUUGCUCCUGCUGCUACACAGCUGGAUUCGAAUGGUUAUAAUACCAGUUGUUAUAAUCAAUUGCCCACAGCUGGUAGUCAUCAGUUGACGCAGGUGCACGACGUUCGUGGAGAAGUGAAGAGUCGAGGCAGCGAAGAGAAUCCAGACUCAACGACAUUGGUAAAUAAUAGCUUGACAACAGAAAGUAAGUUAACCACUCUUACUCCUAUGGCACCAAUGACUAAUCUAACAACUCAACAUCACUCUCAUCACGCUCCUCCACCACCUCCUCCUCAUUCGCAUGCACCUCCACUUGAAGAAGGAUUUGUAAAGCCAAAGCCGCCGACUGACUACUCGCAGUAUUCCCAGUAUCCAAACAACUAUCAAAUGUAUCCACCACCACAUUCGGCGUAUUCUGCCUAUGAUGCCUAUCAGAACAUGAACUACAACUACGGCUAUCAUCAGGCAUACUCACCGUAUGGCAUGUAUCCUCAGCAAACGCCACCGCCAACGCCGCCGCCACCUUCUCCCAAUUGGAAUAUGUACGGACAUCACCAAGGAUCAUCAACGGCAACGGCGACACCAUAUUCUGCAACUCCCCUGCCGCCAUCAGCUACAGGACCAAUACACCAGACGUCUGUAGCUGCUCCUGCAAUGAAUUCAUCCUCGUCAUCGCUUCCUGCUGGCCACACAACUUUACCCAAUGGAAGUGGCGUUGCUCCAAACGCCAAUAUGAAGUCGUCAAAUGAUGGAAGCUUACCGCCUGUGCCAAACCACAACAACAACAACAACCCAUCUCUCUGCGGCUCUGGCACAACUUUGAACAACACUACUCAAAGUACACCAAUAACGGAUCUCAACCAAGCAACGGGUGCAACAAACAUGCCAUCUGAGGACACGCAGGUAGCCAAUCCUAAUUCGAGUCUUACAUCGCCAGACAUGAGUAAUACGAACAACUCAACGGCUACUGCGUUAACGACCCCAGUUUCAAACCCAGGAGAAAAUACCAAUUCGGCAACGACUCCAUCCCCAGUAUCAGCAGCCAAUGAAACAUCCAACCCAGCCUCAACCACAAGUAGUAGUACGUCCAACAAAAUUGAGCCCAUUGGAGAAAUUUCGGAUUUCAGUGAAAAUCUUGAGGCAUUCCAAGAUCCGCAGAUGGGAGGUGUUGCUAUUGCUCUCAAUCAUGGCAGUGUUAUGAUUGAAUGUGCCAAACACGAAAUGCAUUCCACGACCGCUUUAAAGAACCCCAAUCGUCACGAGCCGACGCGUAUGACGCUUAUUUUCUAUCAACAUCGUAACCUGAAUCGCCAUCAUCAUGGAAUAGAUGAGUGGGAGGAAAAGAUGCGUGUCAAGAAAAUUAACACGGAUUUGGAUAACAAGGCCAAAGAAGAAAAGGAAAAAAUUAAGAAAGAGCAAAUGGGAGAAAACGAAGAAGAAGAGGAUGGAGAAGAGGAUAAACCGCCUGACGUGACGACAACACCGAGUAAUACAAGCAAGGCGAGUUCAGUCAAGAAGGAAAGCAGUCAGACUGCCGCAAGCACAAAAUCUGCCAGUGGAUCAUCCGGCGGCAAGAAAAAGAAGGAAUCAUCCUCCAAAAAGAAUGCCCAAAACAACAGCAACAAUACCGAUCCAAAAAACGAGAAAGUUGCCCUCCGAGCACCCACACUAACAACAACUUCGUGGACAACCCUGUUCCCUAUGCACCCAUGUGUAGUUACAGGGCCAUAUCAGGAGGGCAACAGUAGUCCAACGUCCACGACCGUUCAGCAACAGCAGCAGCAACCACAAUCACAGCAGCAGCCGGCACUGAAUGAACAACAACCGCAGCCGCAACCGAUGCAGACCUAAACUAAAUCUGGUUUGGUAUCCUGUGGUUCCAAGCACAAUUGUGAAUUUUUUUCGAUCAAAGAAAAAGCUGAAAUAUGGAUCAGUCUAGACCUCCUAUCUUCCCAUAACAGCUGAAAGUGAUUUCUGAGCUUUUGUUUUGUACAAAGCAUCCAUAUUAUGACCCACUGACGACUGACUUGUUCAUAAAUAUUCUUCUUAAGAUUUUGUGCCAUAUUUUAUUAUUAUUUUGUGUUAUUCGCCUUACAGGUCGUAUAGUUUGUUGCGAAAGAUGGUGAUAUGUUUUGUGGAUUUUAACUGAAUUUAUUUUUGUAUUAUUGAAAAUUGAACCGAUAAAUAUUUUUUCGUUAUUUACAAACCGCAGAGGGUUGUUGAACUAAAACGAAAACUAAAAGCAUUCAUUCAACACAUAUUCCGAUUCCAUACCAACUAUAAUCUCAUCUCACACUAAUAGAUUUUGAUGCAUUCUAACGCUUUAUCAACUAAAUGCUUAACUAUUAAAUUGAAACUACACACACAUACAUUUAAACAUACAAACAAAGUUACAUAUUUUUUGUAAUUUAUAACACGAAAUAGAAGAACACCUAAACAUUUCUGAAAUCGAGAUUACAAAACAUAAGAGUGAUUUACAAAACAGAUCCAAAAAAAAAUAAUAAUAAAAACAUAAUAAGCUCACACUAACAAAGAAAAAACAAAGCGAAAUAAAUAUAGAAAUACUGUUAGAAAAAAAGAUCUUUGCCAAAAGUACAAAAAUGAAAUUAAUAUAAAACAAAUUCAACACAAAUGCAAACAAAAAACAAACCAAAAAUAUUAAAUUUGAAAUUUUGUGGAAUUCUCGAUAGAAAAUAUGAGGGCUCAUCAAAUCACAAGCGAUAUUUGUCCAGUCUUUGUUCGCACGAACGAAACAAAGUUAGUAGGAACUCUGAUAAAAUUCUUCCUUUGCGAAUUCCAGACUUGACAUACAUAUUGCCAAUUUGGUAGUCAAUCAAUAGCUCUCCAGAAAGUUUUUUUAGAAAUCUUACUUGGAUUAGAAAUUAUUCUUUGUUAACAAUCUUUAUUUUAAUGGAAAUAAUAAUAACAAAACAACCGAAACUUUUUAGUCCCCAAAACUGCAAAAAUUUAUCUCGGCUCUUUUAUGUUGUAAUCAAAAAGUGACAUAUGUCCAGGAAUGAAUCUCAACAUGUGUACCUCAACUUCAAAAACUCAGGCUAUGAUCGAAAUAUAUACAUUUAUUACAUCCAAAGAUAACAUUUUGCAACAAAAACUACAAUCAUUUCUAUUUGAAUGGAAUUUUCUUCAUGUCUUGUUAAAUUCUAAAUUCCCUAAAUAAUGUAUUAAAUAAUAAUUUAUUAAGAACACAUAACCUCAUUUUUUGAAGUUGUAUUUAAAAUAUACAUACAAUAUUUGAGUACACUGAGUAUACGUUCAAGGCUAUGUCACUUGAAUCUUAUUUAAAAAAAAAUCAAGUAAUGCUUUUGUUGUGGAUUAAGGUCUGAUAGGUUUUUCAUUCCUUUUUUCUUUAUUCGAAUAUAUUUUUUCCUUUAUAUGUUCGCAAAUCACUUGACAGAAAUCAACCUAAAUAAGGCAUAAUACUUUGUUAUUGUAAAAAAUGCGUGUAAAAAUCAAUUAAUUUUUUGAAAAUUAUACACGAAAUAUCCUUUUAGUAAUACUGAAUGAAAUUAAAAGAACAAACCCAAUUUAAAACUCAUAUUGAAUAUGAACAUGGAUACAUUUGAACAAAUAUUUAUACAUAAAUAUAUCGCAACUAAUUGAAAACACAAAGACGGUGAAAUAAAAGAACAUAACGUGUUGAAAGAAAAAAAAAAAAAACAAAAGACAAAGACAUUUAGGCACAGCAAACAAAGAAACCAUUUAUGUAUGAAGUGAAUGAAGGAGACACUUUUUAUAGUUUUUAAGGAAUAUACAUUAGUGAAUACAAAACAAAAGAUAAGAAGAGUAUCAUGCAAAACAAACAAACCAUUUAAGACAUUUAAUUAUUAUUUUUAUAUUAUUAUAAUUAUUUUUAAUUUAUACUAAAUACAUAUAAAAAAACAUCAACAUUAUACAUGAUGGAAGACACAAGUUAUAAAAAAGAGUAAAACAACAAAACAGAGGAGAAGAGAAAUAAUUACAUACAAUGAUGCAUGCCCAUGCAUUGCAGCAUACAUACAUAAAUACAAUACUUUAUUACGUAUAUAUACAUACAUUUAUUUUAAGAAACACAUAUGCUCUAAUGGAAAAUCAGAUUAAGGCACAUCCAGAAUCAGACAAAAGCCAGACAAGUAUGUACCGACAACAAGCGCAAAUACUUGUAAUAAAUAUAUAUAUUUUUGUUUCAACUAAAACCGAUCUAGAAGAGAUAACUUAUUUUUUGUGUAUGUAAAUAUGCAAGGUAUACAUACAUAUAUAUACACACAUAUGUUAGUCGCAUUAUGUUUAUUUUGUUUGAAUAAAAAAAAGAAAUGAUACUGAAUUGACAAAAGACUCAAAACCAUGCAAGUAUUAAAAAUGCAAAAUAAAAACAAGCAAAAAAUCGUAAUCCCGUGUUUUGUAAUAUUUUCUUUUUUUUAUUUUAAUUAAAUGAAUUACUGAAAUCACUCACACAAACACUCAUAAAAUGAAAAUGAAAUAAAAAUAAACAAACAAACAAAAAUAAAUUCUGCCAUCCAUUUCAUAAUAAAAGAACAAAGCGAUUAAAAUUUACAUAAAAGCAAACAAAUAAAAUAUAAUUAAGUUAUAUCCUUAUACAUAUACUUAUGUUUAGAUUGCUUCACAAAAGAAAAGAAAACAAAAAAAAAACUUUUAUAGAAAUAUUUCAUUUUUAUUUUACUCAUAUAAAUAACGACAAAUCAAAAUAGUUUUAAAAUCCCCUUUGAGCAUUUUCUAAAUAAUUUCAUUUUAAAAGUAUCAGCUAUGUCUAGUUUUUUUUUAAAGAAUACAAUUUUUAUUAAGAUUUUUUUAUGUUUUUGUACAUUGCUUAACCAUUUAGCAAUAAUCUACAUACGAACAUAAUAUAUACUUUUUUAUUCUUUCUCUUUGUUCGUUACUCAUUGCCCCCUUUUAUUCUCUCAUACUUUUAAGUUACAACAUGGUUCUUUUUACUUUAGCUAUAGUAAAAUAAAUGAAAUCAUUAAAUUUCAACUAUUUAUAAUUUAUUUUUACCAUUAUUUUUAUUAUUGAUUUCUAAUUAAAUGCGUUAAAAUUAUAUAUAACAUUAUUAGCAACACAUACACACAUAUUUUUAUUAUACUUAAGAGAUGCCCACAAAAACAAAACAAAAAAAGAAGAAAAUCAACAAGAAAAUGAUACAAAUAAAUUUUAAUUUUUAUUAAAAAUGGACUUUGUUGUUUUAUUUUUAUUACUCAUAGUUUUCUUUUUGUCCGACAACACCAUACCAAAAUCAUACUAUACGUACAUACAUAUAAACGACUUCACACAGAAAUAUUUGCUAUAUAAACACAUAAUGAGGAAUCCAUCCCCCUCCAAAAAAAAAAACAACAAAUAA